AUGUCUUCGCCUAACCAACGGUCUCUAUCCCGGGUGUCGCUCGCCUCCUUGACUCCCAAUAAUCUCGGGACGGUACGGAAGCUGAACUCGGUCCUGUUUCCGAUCAAGUACAGCGAGAAGUUCUAUCAGGAUGUCUUGCUACCGGAGGCGGAGGAGUUCUGCAAACUCAUCUACUACAAUGACAUCCCCGUAGGCACAAUUUGCUGUAGGAUGGAGACGGUGGAGGACAAGACGAGAUUGUACCUGAUGACAAUGGGCGUACUGGCUCCGUAUCGCUCCAGAGGCCUCGGGUCGUAUGCACUGCAACAUGUCCUCAAAGCUGCGGCGAACAACACAAAACCAAAAAUCAGCGACAUUCACCUUCAUGUCCAAGUCUCCAACGACGGGGCUAAAAAGUUCUACGAGCGACAUGGGUUCGAAGAGAAGAGCGUUUACAAGGGUUACUACAAGAAGAUCGUCCCUCACGAUGCUUGGGUUCUGGAGAGGGAGAUCGAGGCUCCCAGUAAAACGGAGUGA